UUCGUUGUAAAACAUUUAGUCAGCUGUUGCUGUUGAACCCACACCAUAGCUCUCCGUUCACUAAAGUAAAUAUUAAAUCAAAAAUCAUGCAAAAAUUUGGUUCGAAGAAACCUGGAAACAUUCUGUCAGCCUUCAAGGCAAACCUAGACGACGUUCUCCCGGAUAAGUUCAAAUCGAUCAAGAAAGAGAUUCUACACCAUUGUGAUGAGACAAAAUUACAAGCAUCUUGGGUACGGUUAAUAGAAGCCUUUGAGAAAGAAAUCAGUCUUAUCAAGGAGAUAGGACCAGCGAUAGUACCUCAGGUUGAAUAUUCAACAAUAGUGGAAAAUAAUGUAAAAUUCCCUUCAACUGUUGCUGAUGAGAUUCGAAAGCGAGGAUGUGUAGUUAUUCGUAAUGUGGUGGAUCGCGACGAAGCCCUGAAGUAUAAGGAAAUGGUCAAAGGGUACAUCAAUAACCAUAAAGGGAAAAUUGUUGGAUUUCCAGAAGAUAAUCCACAGGUGUGGGAAAUCUACUGGUCGAAAGCUCAAAUAACUGCAAGAUCACACCCGAACUUUGUGGCUGUAACUCGAGCUUUGAACAAUUUAUGGAGUGCGGCACCUGGAAGUCCCAUCGAUUUUGACAAUAGUGUAACGUAUUGCGACAGACUCAGAAUUCGUCAGCCCGGAGACACUUCCUUUACACUGGGCGAACACAUGGAUGGGGGAUCAGUGGAACGUUGGGAGGACCCUGAGUACCGUAAAUGCUACGAAAAUAUUUUGAUGGGAAAUUGGGAGAAACAUGAUGCCUUCGAUGCAACCCAUAGACUAACAGCGAACAUGGAUUUGUACAACUGUAGUGGGGGAUGUUCGAUGUUCAGAUCAUUUCAAGGUUGGAUGUCUCUAUCAACUACUCAGCCUGGUGGCGGAACACUGAGACUUUGUCCACUAGUCAAACUUUCAGCUUCUUAUGUCAUGUUGCGACCGCUGCUGAAGGAUCUGUUGGAAGAAAGUUCCAUGGGAGGAGCCAUACCUGGAGUUCAGCAACACAUUCUCGAAAGUUUCCAUCCUCACAUUAUCCGAGCAAUGGUGUCCAUUCCAGAGGUGAAUCCCGGUGAUUGUGUAUUUUGGCACUGUGAUUCGGUUCAUGCGGUCGAAGGAAUUUGUAACAGUCCCACUGACAGUAGUGUUAUGUACAUGCCUGCUGCACCGUUAUGUGUCAAAAAUGCGGAAUGCGCAUUGAAGCAACGGAACGCUUUCGAAGCGGGAAAAAGUCCACCAGAUUUUCCGAAGAAUGAUUGUGAGGAAUUCUUCGAAGACAGAGCGAUGCCAAACGAUUUGACUAAGCUGGGACGGUUGACGAUGGGAUUCAACAAAAUUGAAUGGGACCAGAAUCGGUGUGUUCAUCAGGGCUCCGAAGAGGCUAUCAAGAUAGCCAAUGACAUUUUACGGUUAAGCUAAGCACAGUGAGAAAUACGAGAUCUGAACUGCAAUUUAAUGGGAAAUCCAAAAAGUGGAGGAAGUAUGAAAAACAUUUUUUUGGAAACGUAUUUUAUGGAUGACCCAAUACACUCUGGGACAAUGGUUAAGCAUGAAAUAAACGAUCAAUACACUCA